AAUAUUGAGGUUGCUGCAGCAGUUCCAGGCUAGCAGCCCACACUGGAAGCGCGAGGAGGGAAUAGAUAAUAGACCCGUAUCCCCGCAGAUUCCCUGUCCGUCCGCUCCCACAGCAGCUGCACAAAUGCAAGCCAUCAAAUGUGUCGUCGUCGGCGAUGGUGCCGUGGGAAAGACAUGUCUGCUCAUCAGCUACACAACCAACGCUUUCCCUGGAGAAUACAUCCCCACAGUAUUUGAUAAUUACUCUGCCAAUGUGAUGGUGGAUGGUAAACCCGUUAAUCUGGGUCUGUGGGAUACGGCAGGUCAGGAAGAUUACGACCGACUCCGGCCGCUCUCCUACCCUCAGACGGAUGUGUUUUUGAUUUGCUUCUCGUUGGUGAGCCCUGCCUCCUUCGAAAACGUCAGAGCAAAGUGGUACCCUGAGGUUCGUCAUCACUGUCCCAACACCCCUAUCAUCCUGGUGGGCACCAAACUGGACCUGCGGGAUGAUAAAGACACAAUUGAGCGCCUGAGAGACAAGAAACUGGCUCCAAUCACCUACCCUCAGGGUCUAGCCAUGGCCAGAGAGAUCGGUGCGGUGAAGUAUCUGGAGUGCUCUGCUCUGACCCAGCGGGGGCUGAAGACCGUGUUUGACGAGGCGAUCCGUGCUGUGCUCUGCCCUCCGCCCGUCAAGAAGAGAGGGAAGAAGUGCACUGUGUUUUGAGGAGCAAAGCAGUGUUCUUUUGGUUAUGACCCCCCCAGUACAUACACUGAGGGGGAGGUGUUCUCUACUCCACCCCAUGGUAAUCACCAGAGUUACUAUUGGCUGUUCUGGGGAGAUUUAAGCAUUUACAAAUGCAAGCAGUUGAAACGCCAGACCUGUGGGAUGUAUAUAAUAAUAAAGGCACAAUAAAUAAUCAUGCCAAAUUAAUCCCUGAUUAUUUCUGAACUUUGCCUUAAUUAAUGGUGAUGAUAGUUAUAAGAAGGUCUUAUAUAGCACUGUCCCCUCUGAACUCUUCUACUGAGAUGUCCUUCUAGAUAUUGUUUGUAAUGGAAGCACAUUUAGGUCAAGAAAGUAAAAACAAUUCACUCCAGGAUUUUGUUCCAAAUGCCUGGGUAUCUCCUCUGCAGCCAAAAUUCUGUGCUGGAUUUGUACUUUCUGAGGUUGAAUGGUGGACAUGGCUAACUAUUACAUGGGAUAUCUUCUCUUUAUUAUUUGGAUUUGUGAAUGUGUUAAAAGCCUGUGUACAUAAAUAUUGUGAAUAGCUUCUGAGAGUCCAGUCUGAAGACAAAAUCAACAGUGUGUCUCUCUUUAAAAGCUGACCAUAAAAUACGGAAUGGAAGAAUACAGUUCUUUUUUUCCCUUGUGUUUGUGUGACUACUGUAUGUGAAAACUUUUUACAGCACAGCAUAAAAUAAAACAAUUGAAAGAGUGAUUAUUAAAUAUGUCUAUUUAAACUACUCUAUAUGGACAACAGUAUCGGGAAACCUGUUCAUUAAUUAAAACAGUUUAUUCAGCUUGUUUUGGAUAACUGUCUCUCCAGAGAAAAGGGCUUUUACUAGAUUAUGGAGCAUUCAGCAAUUGCAAACUCAAUUUUCCAAUCAACCCCCAGAAGUAUAAAAACACAAUCAUUCUAGACACAGUCUCUCUGCUCCACUGCUCAAAACUACAGGCUUUAUACCCCCUUAGCCCACUCCUGGCAUUAGGCAUGAGGCCAGCAGGUUCAUCUUUAUCUGCUCCAGAAAGUCCUACACUAUCCUAUUUCUCUACAUAAACUAGACAAACUAUGUGUGUGCAUUUACACAUCUGUGUCAGCAAUGAGUGCAUAUAUUUGGAAGGUUGCCCACAAACAUUUGGACAUAUAGUGUAUGAUAAUGUUUGUUGUUUAUGAUUAUUAGUGAGACUGUUUGCUAACACGAUGUGGUGUUUUGAAUCUCUUUACAGUAUUCUUGCUUAUCCAGAUUAUGGCAGACUUUUUUUAACAGAGAAUUAUUCAACCUUUCCAUCCAUUAGUUUUCUUAUUUUGUUAGUAUUUUGCAGUAUCCUAGCUCAAAAUGUGCCAUUGUGAGUUUUUUUGUGAGGCUAGUAUGCCAAAUUGUCUCAUUUAAGACAAAGCAUUCCUUUUUUUAGUAGUUUAUUUUCUGUUAAAUGCCUUUUGGUUUCACUGAGAUUUAAAUUUGUAAGUGUGUGUGUGUGAGUGUGUGAAUGUGUGCGCGAGUAAGAAAAAUGUCAUUGAAAUAUCCUGUUUGUGUGUUUUUGCUGUUAUGACAGAUGUCAGUGGUCCACCUUAUCCUCAGCUGGUGUAGAUACUAGAGGAACCAUCUGAAUCCUUACCAAAUUAAUCCUCUCUUGUGUGUAUGAUGAGUUUUAAGAGUAUGCAUUAAUAAAAGUCUUUGAAUGUA